AUGCGAAAUGUCGAAUGUUUCCGCGAAUUCGUGGCGCCCAUGAUCGCAGGCCCAUUCCCUUCAUUCUGGACGGAAUUGGUUCCUCAAAUGACAUACCACGAGCCAAUCACCAGACAUGCAAUGAUGGCGAUCAGCUCCUUCUUCGUGCAAUUUGUAGGCAACUCAUCUCAUCCACCCAAAACAGCGGAUUUAAGAUUCGCUCAUCGACAUUACGGAAAUGCGAUCCAGGAGAUCAUGGGUGCGAAAAUCGAUAACCUUGACGUCGUGGUAACGGCGUGUAUCCUACUCAUUGGAGUUGAGUUCCUACGCGGCUGUCCUGAGUCCGCGAUUUUUCACACAAGACACGCUAUGCGACUGGUCAAAGCAUACAAACCUAGAGUUGAGCUCGAGGCAACAUUGGCACUAUUCAAUGCUUUCAUUCUUCUCCUUCCGGACUGCUUCCCGGAAAUGCCUCGACCGGUUGAAUACAAAUCUCCCUGUGGCGUUUCAGGCUUCUCUGAUUUGAUACAAGCUAAGCAGGCACUCACUGAGCUUACAUCUCGGGCUGUGGGAUUAGCCUUCGCUAGGGAAAACCAGGAGUCAUGCCAAGAUACAGAAUCACCCUCCGAGCCUGAAAUGAGUGUUGAAUUUCAGCAAAGAAAACUAAAUGAAGACCUCGAUGCAUUUUAUGCGCUCUUGCUGGGAUUGGAGCGGUUCGAUGCGAACAUGAAGCGCCGCGGGAAUCGCCUAUUCAAAGCCCGAUGGCUUGUAUGCAAGAUAUGGGCCAACGGUGGACUGAGUCCAGAUGCGCCAUACUCAGCACAUGAAUAUUAUUUUCGACAGAUACUCGAUAUUGUCUCUGACGCUUAUACGGAUGGACCGAAGUUUAUCUUCGGGAUCGAGUUUACCACCAUCUUGCUUUUUGUGCUAAGGCAGUGUCGAGAUGAACAGGUUCAUCUUGCUGCCUUGCGUUUGUUCAAGAAUGGCUGCUGUGCGAGACAGGAUCUGUCACUUUCACAGCACCUAUAUACACGCAAUAAUAAGGUAGUGCCUGGUGAUGUUGCUGUUUCUGGCCAUAUAGUCAACUAA